UUUGAAUACUUCACAACAAACAUUUUCAAGCAUAGAAGAUGGAAAUAUAUUAAAAAUGAAUUACUCAAACAAUAAACAGAGCGAUAUAAUAUUUAUAUGUAGGGACCCCAAUUAUUUUCAACAUGAAAAUGAUACUUCAAAAUCAAAUACUAGUUUAAUAAGUAACAUGUCAAGUCAAAAAGGAUCACAUAACAGGGGAGAAAAAAAAACUAGUGAUAGAAAUACAAAUUCAAUUUAUUUUGAAAAUGAUUUAAAAAAAGUAAAAUACAAAAUAACAGGUUUAAAAAAACGACCAAUUCCAACUAAAAAAGAAAAGAGUACUAUUGUUUUAAAACAAAGUUUAAGUGAAAAGCUUAAAAAAAAUAUUUCACUCUUCAAAAAGAAUAAGUGGUUUAAAAAGUCAAUAACAAGUCAAUCAGUUAACAACAAUACAUCAAACAAAAAACAAAUUAAUUACAAUAUUCAGAAAUCAACUUCAGAAUCAUUGACUAGGAUCAAUAAAACUUUCAAUAUUUUAUUUUCUGAUUUUGAUAUGACAUCACAAACACAAAUAACAAUGAAGCAUAAUCAAAGUAAGAACAUGCAUCAUAAUGAAAUAGAAGAUUCAAGUUUAGAGUAUAACCCAACAGACGAAAACAAUGUGAACAGUUGGAAUGUGGAAUCACAGAAUAAUAACAAAGAAGAGGAUAGCAUAUCAUAUAUUAAUUCUUCGACAAAAUCCUCUAAUAAACUAAAUGAUUAUGAUCAUAAAAUAAAUGAAUCGAGUAUUUUCCGUUCAAGUUUGCCCACAUUUAGUGACACUAGCAUUUCGUCAUCAAAUUCAACAAUGAAUUCUGAUAAAUUAAUUUCUAUUCAACAAAAAUUUAUAAGUUGGUCAUAUGAUAGUUCCAAUCUAAUUGAUAAUGAAGAAAACUACACAAAGCAAAAUGGAACUGUAGUAUUCAACAACACACUUUCAAAGGAGUACAAUUAAUUUUAUAAGAA